AUGUACAUUUCCAGUGCUAUUGGCCGUGUCGCCACUAGCGCCUUCCGUGCCGCCCCCAUGGCCCGUCUUGCUGCUAAGCCCCUUGGUACCCAAGCUGCCGUCAAGGCACGCUCGUACGCCACUGAGGCCACCUCUGCCGGUCAGAUUCGUUCGGUCAUUGGUGCCGUUGUUGACGUCCAGUUCGAGCAGGAGAACCUUCCCGCCAUUUUGAACGCCUUGGAAGUCCAGGACCAUUCUGGUGGCCGUCUUGUUCUCGAAGUUGCCCAGCACUUGGGUGAGAACACUGUCCGUACCAUUGCUAUGGACGGUACUGAAGGUACAGUAUCUUAA